AUGGGCCAGCUGCAGCGCAAGAUCGAGACGUUCUUCUGGGGCAAGCCCCCCGCCUCGGACAAGGAGCGCAAGCUUCUGCGGAAGCUCGACAUGGUCAUCUUGUCCUAUAUUUGUCUCUCAUACUGGAUCAACUACCUUGACAGGGCAAACUUGGCCAAUGCGUUCGCUACGGGCAUGGAACAGGCUGUCGGCUUCAAGGGAAAUGAUUACACGAUGGCUCAGGCGUGUUUCACCGCCGGCUACGUUAUCGGACAGGUUCCAGGUGCCCUCAUUCUCGGUUCGGGGCGCAUUUCCCCCCGAUUCUGGUUCCCAUUCUGCGUCUGUGCUUGGGGAUUCUGCACUCUCGGAUUGGCAUUUGUGAAGAACCCUCAGUCGGUCAUGGCGAUCCGCUUCGUUAUGGCCAUCUUUGAGGCGUCGACCUUCUCCGGAUCUCACUACAUUCUUGGCUCGUGGUACAAGGAUGAGGAGCUCGGAAAGCGCACGGCCGUCUUCACCAGCGCCGCACAGUUCGGAACCAUGUUCUCUGGCAUCAUGCAGGGCGCCAUUCGCCAGACUAUGCACAAUCGCAACGGCCUGGAAGGAUGGCAGUGGAUGAUGAUCAUCAACUUUGCCAUGACUAUCCCUAUCGGCAUCUACGGCUUCGUUAUGUUCCCGGGAACACCGCAGACGGUCAAUUCGUUCUGGCUUACAGAGGAGGAGCGUGAGCUCUGUCUGUCGCGUCUGCCUCCCCAUGAGCACUACGUGGUUACGUGGCCUCGUUUCAAAAAGUCGAUCUUGACUAUUGUCUCGACAUGGCGCUACUACCUGUUCUCUGCGCUCUUCAUGGUGUCUGCUACGUCGUUUGAGAAGACCGGUAUUUACAACGAGUUCUUGUUCUGGCUCAAGUACGCUGGCUACCCCGAUUACCUCGUCAACUACUACCCCUGCAUCUACACCGCGGUGGCCAUUGUCGGCACAUACAUUAUGACCGUGUACUGCGACGCCACUGGACACCGCUUCAUUGCCAACGUGAUCAUGUUCGUGUCUGUCUUGAUCUCCUCGAUUAUGCUCCUGAUCUGGAACCUUCCGACUGGCGCCCAUUUCUUCGCUUACAUCAUCGGCGGCAUCGGUUACGCGGGCCAAGCCUCGAACUUUGCCUGGGCCAACUCGCUCACCCGUGACGACGAGAUGUUGCGCUCGGUCACUCUCUUCUCCAUGAACCUCUUCUCUAACCUCUGGAACCUCUGGUACCAGAUUGCCGUCUGGCCCAUUGUCGACCGGCCCCGCUUCAGGAACGGCCAGAUUGCGACGAUCGUAACUGGUGCCGUGGCGGUCGGCAUCGCCGGCGCCAUCGCCUGGUGCUCGCGUCGCUUCAAGCCCGACCUGCCGCAGAACCGCGUGGAAGACAUGGACGCUGCCGACGGUGACGCCUCGAGCUACACCGAGAAGGGCGGCGUCGAGUACACGACGGCGGUCAAGCCCACUUACUAG